CCUCUAGAAUGGCAGCAAUUCUGCUUGUACCAUGGCCGAGCCGAAGUCAGUGUGUGUUUCGGUGGAUGAAGUGGUCUCAAAUGGUAUGGAUAACCAAGACAUUCGACUAAUGAAUGGACAUUUAAAAAAGGUGGACAAUACUCUGACAGAAGCUCGUCGUUUCUCCUACCUACCCCGCAGACCAGCUGUGAAUAUUGAGUUUAAAGAACUGUCAUACUCUAUCCAGGAAGGGCCAUGGUGGAGGAAGAAAGGUUAUAAGACCCUUUUGAAAGGAAUUUCAGGGAAAUUCAGCAGUGGAGAACUUGUUGCUAUUAUGGGUCCCUCGGGAGCUGGGAAGUCAACGCUCAUGAACAUUCUGGCAGGAUACAGAGAGACGGGAAUGAAAGGAGAAAUUCUCAUCAAUGGGCAACCUCGUGACCUGCGCUCUUUUCGCAAAGUCUCCUGCUACAUCAUGCAAGAUGACAUGCUCCUUCCUCAUCUAACUGUCCAGGAAGCUAUGAUGGUAUCUGCUCAUCUGAAACUUCAAGAGAAAGAUGAAGGCAGGAGAGAAAUGGUAAAGGAAAUACUGACAGCCCUUGGUUUGCUGACUUGUGCCAAUACAAGGACUGGGAGUCUUUCUGGAGGCCAGAGAAAACGUCUUGCCAUUGCUUUGGAGCUGGUGAACAAUCCUCCUGUCAUGUUUUUUGAUGAACCAACCAGUGGCUUGGAUAGCGCGUCAUGUUUUCAGGUUGUCUCCCUGAUGAAGGCUUUAGCCCAGGGUGGCAGGUCCAUCAUCUGCACGAUUCACCAGCCCAGUGCUAAACUGUUUGAGUUGUUCGAUCAGCUCUAUGUUUUAAGUCAAGGUCAAUGCAUUUACCGUGGGAAGGUAUUAAACCUUGUCCCUUACUUGAGAGAUUUGGGUUUGAAUUGCCCAACCUACCACAAUCCAGCAGAUUUUGUUAUGGAAGUAGCAUCUGGUGAAUAUGGAGACCAAAACGGCCGACUGGUAAGGGCAGUACGAGAGAGGAUAUGUGACACAGACUACAAGAGAGAUGUUGGUGGUGAGAAUGAGUUGAAUCCCUUCCUCUGGCACCGGCCUUCUGAAGAGGUAUUUUGUGUAUCACAACUAAUGGGCCUGAUGAGAGAUUCCUCCUCCACAGAAGGCUGCCACAGCUUCUCCGCCAGCUGCCUAACCCAGUUCUGUAUCCUCUUCAAAAGAACUUUUCUUACCAUCAUGAGGGAUUCGGUCCUGACACACUUGCGUAUCACCUCACACAUUGGUAUUGGACUGCUCAUCGGCUUGCUCUACUUAGGCAUUGGCAAUGAAGCGAAGAAAGUCCUCAGCAACUCCGGCUUCCUAUUUUUUUCCAUGUUGUUUCUUAUGUUUGCUGCGCUUAUGCCAACUGUCCUUACAUUUCCUCUUGAGAUGGGAGUGUUUCUUAGAGAGCAUCUGAACUACUGGUACAGCCUGAAAGCCUACUAUCUCGCCAAAACCAUGGCUGAUGUUCCUUUUCAGAUCAUGUUUCCUGUGGCUUACUGCAGCAUUGUGUACUGGAUGACUUCACAGCCCUCUGAUGCACUCCGAUUUGUCCUCUUCUCAGCCUUGGGAACCAUGACAUCUCUGGUGGCUCAGUCACUGGGUCUUCUCAUAGGUGCAGCCUCUACAUCUCUCCAGGUGGCCACUUUUGUGGGCCCAGUUACUGCCAUCCCAGUGUUGCUGUUCUCUGGGUUUUUUGUCAGCUUUGAUACCAUCCCAACAUACCUCCAGUGGAUGUCCUACAUUUCCUAUGUCAGAUACGGGUUCGAAGGAGUUAUUCUCUCUAUCUAUGGACUGGAUCGAGAAGAUCUGCAUUGUGACAAAGAUGAUACUUGCCAUUUUCAAAAAUCAGAGGCUAUUCUGAGAGAACUGGAUGUAGAAAAUGCCAAACUUUACCUGGACUUCAUUGUUCUUGGAAUUUUCUUCUUCUCUCUGCGCCUAAUUGCCUAUUUUGUUCUCAGAUACAAAAUCCGAGCAGAGAGGUAAAGAAAAAAAUGGCUAAAACAAUGCAGUAGGAAGAUCUUUAGAAAUGCGAUAGAGGGCACUUGAGAUUGUCUCACUGUGGCCGGCCAGUCUCCAGUGCCCAGCUAGAUGCUGUUAUGACCUAGCCCAUAGAGAACCACAACGGGAUAGUGGACAUAUAGUGUUAAGCCAAUCAGUCCAGUUGGGUUGGGUCAUGUUUUCAUUACACUUUCUAGCUUUAACUAGGAAGAAGAAAUGGAAGGGAAUUUUACACUGCAGAAUACCAAUACCAAGGCAGUGUAACUGUAAUAAAAAACCUGGCUGCAGGAACUUUCCAUAUGAAAAACAGUUUCGUGAUAAGGUAAUACUAGUCCUGGUAGCCAGAAUAGUAUAAUGUUGUCUAUAGUUGACAAGGUAAUGAGAUGCAAAAUGGGAAAUGCAAAGAAAAUAGGAUUCUCUCAUCUUUUUAAAUUC